GCGGACUUUGUGAAGCAUUACAAAAACAUGGCCCUACCAAUAGCCACAUUUGAUGAGCAGGAGAGGAUCUGGAGUGGGGCAACGAGGACCUACACCUACAACCAUAAUACCUCCGUGGGUAAAAUAAUAUUUAAUACCAUGAGGACUUGGCCCAAGAAUGUGUGUCAGAUAAACGAAGCAGAUGGAGUAGAGACCACCUUUGAGCAAGCCCUCACUUGGGCCGUCAGGAUAGCCCAGUUCUUCAAGAAGCGAGGACUUGGUCACAAGGAUGUCAUAGGCAUCUCUAUUCAAAACUCCACCUACGCAAUGCCUCUGGGAGUGGCUUGCUUUCUGAAUGCAACACCCUUUCACUCUAUAAGCACUUUGCUAGACGAAGCCACCACUACCCAUGUGUUUUCCAUUACCAAACCAUCUGUGAUAUUCUGCGAUGGAGUUGACAUCCGGAAAAUUCAGGCAGCUACCGUGGAAUGGAACCCAGAUAUUUUUACCUUAACUGACCACAUUUCAGGAAUUCCCAGCAUCGAAACCCUCCUCGAUCCCACCUCCGCUGAGUGUGCUUACCAACCUGAACCCCUGAAGGAAGGUGGUGACCAAACUGUGGCGAUUCUGUGCUCCUCGGGAACAACAGGCUUGCCAAAGGCUGUGUGUAUCUCUAACAACUACCUUUUAGGUGACACAAUGAUGGCCACCAAUGAAAUGUCCAUCUUUACGCCCAGCUGCCUGGACUGGCUGACUGGCCUGGUGACCUUCAUGUUCAACACGCUCUCCGGCUGCACUCGUAUCAUAAGCAACAAGCUCUUCACGCCAGAGUAUUUCCUGAAAAUGGUGGAGAAGUACAAGAUCAACAUUGCUGUUUUGCCGCCCAGAUAUCUCUCUGCCCUAGUGACCUGUCCAGAUGCCACUCCUGAGGCACUGGCUUCCAUUAUGAAUGUGCACUUCACCGGAGGCUGGGCUUCCAAUGCCACUUUGCAGAAGGUCCAGAAUCUGUGCAAGAAUGCGCUCUUAACCUGUGGCUAUGGAAUGACCGAGAUGGGAAUUGUUACGGCCAAUGCAGGACUUGUCAAUCUUUCUUCUGUUGGCAAACCCGUUCCAGGUGCCAGGAUGCGCAUCGUGGAUGAGGAGGGAAAGAAUCUGACAUACAACCAGGUGGGUGAGCUGUAUGUUCACACAAAUCGAGUAUGGAAUGGUUACUAUGGAAAUCCGGAGGAGACUCGUAACCUGCAGGACUCUGACGGCUGGUACCACACCGGGGAUCUGGGCUACUUCGAUGAGCAGAACUUCCUCUACAUUGUGGAUCGUAAGAAAGAGAUGCUGCGCUACGAAAGCCUUAGCUACUUCCCUACCGAGAUCGAGAGCAUCAUCUCGCGGAUGCCCCAGGUGCAGGAUGUGUGUGUGGUUGGCAUCUACGAUGAAAGGAUUGGCGAUGAAGCUGGUGCCUUGGUGGUGAGGAUCCCAGGUUCCCAGGUGAGUGCCCAGGACAUUAUUGACUAUGUGGCCAAGCACUUGCCUGCCAAGGAGAAGCAGCUUCAUGCCGGAGUCCAGUUCAUCGACAAAUUGCCGAGUAAUGCCAAUGGCAAGACCUUGCGCAAGGCCGCACGAGAUGUAUUUAUUGCCAAAAAAGGGGCUCGCAAUUGAGACAUAUAAACCAUAUUAAUCUUAACGCUAGAAAGCUUUUUUUAUGAAUGAAAUUCCUUAUCGGGGAAGUCUUUCUAUAUACUAUAUGUUGAUAAGAAAACUACUUAUAAACCGAAACCAAAGGCUGUCGAGAUAGUAAAAAAUGUAAACAAAAACUAAAGUGUUAUAAACUGAUAAGAGAAAAGAGCAACUGAA